AACUGUCUCUUCUUCUACGAGGCGCAAGUGGGAGAGGGAGAAAGAAUGGAGGAGAGAGAAGAUUUGAAGUCAAUACUGCCAUUUCUGCCGCUAGUAAUCCGAUCAUCCAGUCUUUUAUGGCCGUCACAAGUCGUUGAACCACUGAAAGCUCUGUCCAGAGGACCUGAUCACAGCCGAGUCUGCUCCGGCGAAGUCCUCUCCAUUGCCAUUGCCGACAUCAGAGCUUCUCUAUCUCUCUUCGAACCUCUCGCUCGCUCCGCUCCUCAAGGUUACGCCCUUUUCUUUGACGAGCUUAUUUCUCGGGAAGAUUCCAGAAAAUGGUUUGAAGAGGUUCUCCCAGAAUUGGCGAAUUUGCUUCUACGUUUGCCGGUUCUACUGGAAACUCAUUAUCAAAACGCGCUCAGAUACGGUAUGGAAACUGGGCUUCGGAUAUUAGGUCCCCAAGAAGCUGGCAUCGUCUUUCUCAGCCAGGAACUGGUCGCUGCCUUGCUUGCAUGCUCCUUCUUUUGUUUGUUCCCCAUCACUAAUAGAAGUGCAAAACAGCUUCCAACUAUCAACUUUGAUGAAUUGUUUGCGAAUCUAUAUGAAAGCUACAGUGAAAGUCAUGAAAGUAAAAUAAAGUGCAUUGUGCACUAUUUUGAAAGGAUAUGUUCACAGAUGCCUUCAGGCUUUGUCUCAUUUGAGCGAAAGUUGCUUUCUUUGGAAUAUCAUCCUUUGCAUAUUUCCUAUCCCAAGGCUGAUUUUUGGGGCAAAUCUGCCAUCCCCCUUUGCCCUUUUGAGGCUCAUAGUUCAGGCUUGAUAGAAGAUCAUUCCAAUGAUGCUCUUCAAGUGGAUUUUGCAAACAAAUAUCUUGGAGGUGGUGCUCUACGUAGGGGCUGUGUACAAGAAGAAAUCCGCUUCAUGGUCAAUCCCGAGUUAAUUGCAGGCAUGCUUUUCUUGCCUUCCAUGGAAGAUAAUGAGGCUAUAGAAAUUGUUGGUGCAGAGAGGUUCUCUGACUAUACCGGGUAUGCAUCUUCAUUUCGUUUUUCUGGUGACUGCAUAGACAAAAGAACUAUUGACUUUCUUGGAAGACGUAAAACCAGGAUCAUUGCUGUUGAUGCUUUAUGCAACCCAAGGAUGAAACAAUAUGAGCUUAAAUACCUUCUAAGGGAGAUUAAUAAGGCAUUAUGUGGCUUUUUGGAUCAAUCAAAAAGUUGUUCGUAUAGGAGACUGUUUCAAGAAAAGGGACUUAAUUCAAUUAAUCUUGAUCAAGAUGAUAAAGAUCAUGAUAACACAUCCAGGACUAAUAUUUUGGUUUGAGUUCUUUAUUACUUUUUGUUAAUGAUUUGCUUAUUUUUUUCUAGCUGAUGUUUCCACGUAUUAUUGCACUGUGCAGUAUCUUUUAUUGUUGAUGCAACAUUACAUGGUUCUCUGCUGAGAAUCAUAAUUGUUUGAAUUUGCUCCUCCAUGAUGAAUUUGUGUUACUGAUGAUUUCUUUUUCUAAUAGUUAGGUGAAUCUCCCUCUACUUCUGUUGAAAGAAAUGAAGGAGGAUACAUGAAUCAAACAGUCGGAAAUUCUGAGUGUAAUGUUAAUCAGUUUUUUGACCACCAAGAAAGUAUUGGGAUUGCAACAGGAAAUUGGGGCUGUGGUUCUUUUGGAGGAGAUCCUGAAGUAAAGACUAUUAUACAGUGGCUUGCUGCUUCACAGGCUUUAAGACCGUUCAUUUCAUACUACACAUUUGGUCUUGUGGCGUUGCAGAACGUAAAUCAGGUGACUCAAUGGAUUCUGGCACACAAAUGGACAGUUGGGGACCUCUGGAAUGUAUUGGUAGAGUACUCAACCCAGAGAUUCAGUGGACAAACCAACCUCGGUUUCUUUGCUUGGCUCCUUCCUUCACAGCCUGACCACGAAGCUGAAUGUUAAGACUCGCAAAACACUA